UUGGCAGACGAUUACUACAACAAAGACGAUGCAAAUUACAGAUGAACCUACUACACCAUUCAGAAGCCGUUCAGUGCCCAGAUCAAUCUCAACAUUCUUAAAGCAAUCGCUUAUUGAACGAGGUGAAUGUCAUUUCGUCGUAAACACUGUUUGCUACUGGGCUAUUGUGGAUUCAUACAAAAGCUCUACACUCAUCUCUGCAAUUUCGAAGUGUAUCGCCCUCGGGUUUGAUAUCGUCUACGUCAAAGAUGCCGAUAUUUACCAGCUAAUUAUGUUCAACACGAGACUGAGAAUUCCGAGAAAUCGGAAUUCAAUUCUUGUUCAUGUUGGCGGUUUAUACGACCCGGCGACACGAAAGACGACUCCUCCAGAUAUAUACACCCAAUGGCAUCCGAAUCAGCCAUACGUUCCUCGACAUCGUACAGGGGCGCAGGGGAUUUAUAUCGAGGUCAACAAAAAUCCAUUUAUUCCUAAUCAAGGCAUGGGUGUUCAGCCUGGUACUUUUACUGCCAAUGGUAUUAUUUGUCAAAAAUCCAUAUAAAACAAUAUAUAAACGAGAUAGCGAUCAGAGACCGCCGACUUAUCGAUCUAGCGGGUAUAUAUUCUUUGCUCUGACUCAAUGAAUGUCAUAAUAAUGUACAUUGUUUGAUAAGCGCGAGCAUACAUACCGAGCAAACAGUAGCAAUGUAACUGAAGAUUAUACUACACGACCAACAAACACACCCAACACACGUAACAUCGAAGAAAACUCUGACCUGGA